CAUUAAUUUUGCUGUAUCCACAGAAAUUUCUAUUUCUACACUGCUGUUUUACUAUCCAUUCAUCACAGUCUCCUCCCAUGUGCAGCCUUUUAAUAUGCAGCAGCUCAAACCAACACAGUGGGGAAGAGGAAGUCUCUUGUCUGCCAUGGCGUGUGAUGCCGUCAAGACGAAGGUCGAGGUAGAGGAGACGGUUGUCGACGAUCCGGUGAGCCCGACCGGCCAAUACUUCAACAGUUCUGUGCUGUCGAUAGGUAUUCUCGCAAUCUUCGAGUCGGAUGUCGCCAUUGACGAUUCCCCAACGAUGUCGACGCUGGAGAACCUCUUCUUGCCCAUCCAUCCUCGAUUCUCCUCCGUCAUGGUGAAGGACGACCAUGGCGUCCGACGAUGGAAGAGGGUCGCACUGAAGCUGGAGGACCACGUGAACGUUCCCGUCUUCCCCGCGGGCUUAGAGACCUACGACGACUACAUACGUGGUUACAUCUCCGACAUUGCAGUGGCGGAGUUCUCACAGAGCAGACCGCUCUGGGAUCUCCACAUCCUCAAGUACACAACCAAGAGUGCAGCAGGGACCAUGGUGUUCCGGAUCCACCACGCACUGGGCGAUGGCUUCUCCCUGAUGAGCGCCCUCUUCUCUUGCUUCCGGAGAGCUGACGACCCUUCUCUGCCCCUCACCUUCCCUUCUUCCCGAGCCACUAAGCCUGUGCAAGGCAGCGGCGCCUGGUGGCGCGCAUGGCGGAACGUGCCGCGCGCCCUCUCGGUUUGCAUGAACACCGUGCGUGACUUCGGGUGGAGCUUGCUGAAGACAAACUAUCUCGCAGAUGACCGGACUCCGGUGCGGUCGGAGGAGGCUGGAGUGGAGUUCCGACCGAUGGAGAUCUCCACUGUCACCUUGUCGCUCGACGAAGUUAGGCACGUCAAGGCGAAGCUUGGAGGGACGGUGAACGAUGUCAUCUCCGGUACAAUAUUCUACGGCACGCAGCUCUACUUCCAAGCCACAGCUCCAGGCUCGAAAGAGGCUCGAGUGACAGCACUGGUGUUGCUCAACACGAGGAUGAUUGCAAGCUACCGAUCUCUAAAGGAGAUGACCGGACCCGACGCCACCAACCCAUGGGGCAACCGCUUCGGCUUUCUUCACGUCCCAGUCCCCGUUUCCGGUAAUCCAGACGCCUCUGAUCCACUCAGCUUCGUUCUCAAGGCAAGGCAGAUCAUCAAGGCAAAGAAAAGCUCCCUUGCUGUCCACCUCAAUGGCAGACUGCUCGAAACUAUCCGAAAGCUCAGAGGUGCCGAGACUGCUGCUCGAUACAUACAUUCCACCCUGAGAAACACAAGCAUGACCAUAUCAAACCUGUCUGGACCAAUGGAGCAGAUGAUCAUAGCAGGUCAUCCAAUCGGGAGCUUCUACUUCAUGACGGUGGGCAGCCCUCAGAGCCUCACCGUAUCGGUGGUCAGCUACAUGGGGAAGCUGAAGCUGGCCAUGGGCACCGAGAAGGGGUUCAUAGAUGCCGGACUCCUCGUCUCCUGCAUGGAGCAGUCCUUUCGGAGGAUCUCCGAGGCUGCUGCAGGCAAGAGAGCUGAUCGUGACUCUUAAUUAGACUUCGUCGGCCAUUCUAUUAGGCCGACUUGCGGCGAUUACUAGCCUACGUAGAACUGAAAAGCCCAUGGAAGUCCUCCGUUCGGGCCCGAAAAACCACACAUUAAAGCCCAGGUUGGAAUCUAGGGUUUCGUGGGUUCUCUGUUCUCUAUUCUCGGUCUAUAAAGAGGGUGACGCAGGAGAGACUGCGCAUCCAUGAACGACGGCAGGCGACCUUCUUAUGUUCUUAGUUCCUCCUCUCUUUGGUUUGUUCUCAUAGUUUUGGUAAAUGACAUCGUUGAAGCGUAUCAACAAAGGCCUGUGAUGAGGAAUCUGCAACAGUUGCAAUGAUUCGCUUCUGCGUGUAAUGAUUUGACAACGCCAAAUCGCUACGUUCUUUCUGAGGCCUCUCUCCGUCCCUCUUCAAUCCGUCCUUUAUUUUUCUCAUUUAAUGGU